GUUUAGACACACCAACUACAACUACAGUUUCAAUUAGCUUUGAUUUUGAAACGACACACACACACAUAUAUAUAUAUCCAUGGCUCUCUCCAAGGUUUUGAUCAUUUCACUUCUCUUUUCUCUUCUUGUUCUCAAUAUCGUGGAAGCUGAUGAUACUACUGCAAUCGGGGAUGUAGCAGAGGGUUCUCUUAAGAAGAAAAGUAUCGAUUGUGGGGGGUCAUGCGCUGCCAGGUGUCGGUUAUCGUCGAGACCACGGCUAUGCAAGAGGGCUUGCGGUACUUGCUGUCAACGAUGCAACUGCGUUCCACCGGGUACUGCCGGUAACCUUGAGGUCUGCCCCUGCUAUGCCAAUAUGACCACCCAUGGUGGAAGACGCAAGUGCCCUUAAUUAAUAAAACGUAUCACCAACUCCAUCCAUUAUACAUAUACAUAUAUUAUUUGCAUGAUCUUCAUGAUAAAUACUAUGUAUAUUUGCCAUAAUUAUUAUUAAUUAAGUUUUAUUUAAUAUUAUUGUAUUAUUAAAUAAAUAAUAAAAGUACGGAAUAUUUGCUUUGUGUAAAGCUAAUAAUAUAUAUGGAUGUUUAAUUAUUGUCUCAAUAUUUAAGUAUAACGAUCGAAUAUAUAUAUUUUAUUUUACUA